AUGAUGUUUAAUAACAACAUUCUUGUUGCAUUUCUUGCACUUUUUAUUAUUGCUGAAUUGCUGAAAACUGAAGCUGAAUCAGAUUCAAAGUUUUUGAGUUUCAUCGAAAAUAUAAACAAAGUUGAGAAUUUUGAAAGCGUUUUUCUUUACAAAUCAUCUCAAGAUCAUUUCUUUUCUAAUUUUGAUGACAAAUUUAUAAAGGGCUUAUCAUCUUCACUCAAUCUUCCAGUGAUUCUUACAACAGAAUCAUCUUCAUUUUAUUUGAAAGCAGAAUUCAACGAAAACCUUUUAACAAUUGUUCAAUUUAAUUCAAGUGAUUUAUUUCUUCAACGACUUCUAGAACAUCUUCAACAUCUUCGUUUCUGUAAGACGAUCUUUGUGAUGAAGAAUUCUUCAAGAAAUGACUUGAAACUGAAGAGUCUUUUCAAUUUCUGCUGGGAUAAUAGAAUGGUUAAUGUUUUAGCCAUUUUUGCAGAUUUCUUAAACACUUUGGCCUAUUACAACUACAUCAAUAUCAAUCAAUUAAAAAUUGAAGAAUUCAUUUGGAACGAGAAAGAUUCGGAUAUUUUUCCAGAUCGAAUGCAGAACCUUAACGGCCUAAUAUUGCCAGUUAUUUUCGCUGAAGCACAUCCGGGAGUAAUCAUUUCAAAAAACUCUAAUACGAUAAUUGGUGGUCAUGUGGGGCAUAUUUAUACUUCUUUUGCAAAGAGACAUAAUGCCCAAUUGGAGAUAUCGUAUGGAAACAGUUCAAUUUCUCUUAAAAAUAUUGAUAAUCUUGUUUUAGAUGGAAAAAUGGAAAUGUCAGGUUCAAUGUUAAUGUUCUCACAAUUUCCUAUUGAAUGGUUUUCAUAUCCAUUUGCGGCAUAUGAUUGGGGUGUGAUGUUGCCCAUAGAACCCAAAAUCCCCGUUUAUAAAGUUCGCUGCUAA